CCGUUAGUAAUUCAAAUGUAUUCAAACGUUGUUAUGUCAAGGCAGUGGUCCAGGCUCGCGAAUGUGUGUCGCUCAUUGUCAUCAUUAGAAGGUCAAAAGCUGCCACAAACGAGUACCUCAACUGAUGGUAUUUCACCGCCGCCUCGUAUACCAAGAGGCCCGACUGACAUCUUACAGGCACUUGCGGCAACCGUUGGAAACGAUCCUACAGCGGCACAUUACAAGUACCAUGAUGAUCCAUUUCUAAUCCCUCUAUCAAACUUCCGUAAACGAUCCUAUGCUCUGUCUGCGGAGGCAGGAAGAAAAGCAGCUGCUUGGAUCAGAGACGAACAUGCAGAUCUUUUCACAAUAAGAGAAUGGGACCCACCAAUGAAAAUGAAAGAGCCAUACUUCAACGCUGAUCCAAAAAUACCAGCAUUUGCUCCUAAACCUAUAUAUAAUGAUGAAAGUAAGGUAACAGAAGAUGAUUUAAAAUACACAAUAGAAAAUGCACUACUAGAAGAUGCAAUUAAAGUUUUCGAACUCCUUGGUGGGGAGGCCAAUAUAAGUGACAAAUUAAAACUAUCAUUUCUGCAACUUCUGUGCUUUUACAAUGAAAAGGAACCUAUUUCAAUGGAAUGGCUUGAAGAGAGAUGGUUUUCUGCAGCCACAAAAGAAAGACACGCUGCUACUUGGAAAUUGGGUGGACUGGCUGAUAAGAUUUUUGCAGCGAUGGAUCCUAAGACACCAGAGGCAUAUUGUGCUAUUAUUCAGGGCAUGGCUAAAUAUUUUCAGGCUGAACGAGCUCAUACCUUGGCCCAAGAGGCAAAAGAGAAUGGCAUACCCCUUUCCACAAACGUAUAUAAUGCUUUGUUAGGAUGCAUUGGUUUCCUGAAGGAAGGAGUCACAUUGCGUAUUGACGCUUUAAAAAGCUUACUACUAGAAAUGAAUGAACAGGGAUUAUCUCCAAAUUCAGGAACUCUCAAUGCAUGUCUAAAAUCGUUAUCAGCGUGGGGAAGUGGGAAGGUGUUACAAACAGUUGCACUACAAAUAGUCGCAGACUUUAAGCAACUAGGCAUUGAACCGAGUCUCUCUGCUUACUACUACUUAUUGUGUUUAUUUUGUAAGGAGCAAGGACCAAAAAUUGAUAUAUUAACAUCAAUAAUAACGGAUCUAGAAAAUAGAGAAUCUUUGAAACCUACAGACGCUGUUGAUACAAACUUUUUCAUAACAGCAAUGGGAGUUUGUAGUAACCACUUGCAGGAUAUAAAUUUAGCAGAGAGGUUACACAAGUUACUAAUGAAAGAUGACAAUUAUAAACUAGUUGGAGAUGCAUACAAAGAAAGUAUAUAUUACAGGCAUUUUGUUACUGUUGCCUGCAGAUACGCGCCAUUUGAAAGAACGACAGAGUUGUUGGAUAUUUUAGUACCAAACGUUUAUGUUCCUGAACCAUCAGUCAUGGAGGAGAUAAUAAAGACGCUGGAGGUGGCGGGCGCGGGCGAGCGGCUGGCGGCGGCGUGGGCGCAGCUCGUGGUGUCCGGCCUGGCGAGCCGCGCGCGCCUCGUGGAGCGCCUGCUGGCCGCGCUCGUGCGCUGCGCCGAGCUGCAGGAAGAGGACGUGAAAGCGAAAAUCAGAGGCGUCGCAGCGGAUAUCUUGAAGUAUGGUCAGAUGCUUGAAGAACGGGAAGAGAAUGACGAUAGCCGAACACCUGUACAAAAGUUGUCGGCGACGGCGCUGUCGCACGUGAUCCAGCUGUGCGGCUCGGGCGAGGGCAUGUGGUCGGAGGCGGAGGCGGCGCUGCGGCGGUUGCGCGACGAUCGCGCAACUGGCGUGCCGCUGGCCGCGCCCGUCGCCGACCUCGCAACACGCGCCGCUGCCGCCGGAGAGCACGGGCUCGCCGCUAUGGCAGUAACAUACUUAGCUGAGUACGGAUUCGAAGAAGCGACGGCGGCAUGUGUCGAAACAUUGGGCCUGAUGUUGAACAGGAGUAAGGAGGAGGUCGAGAAGCUUCUAGAAGAAAAUAGCCCUUCGCUCGCUACCUCCUUACAGUCUUCAGCAUUGGAAAUCGUUCGAGCUUACAAUACAGCCAAAACUGGUGUGCCAUUACAAGAUUCAGGAUCGUCGACAAGCUCAGACAGCGGCAACGAAUCAUCUGAUGACGAUUAGACUAACUAAAAUAAUUGUAGAAUAUAAUAGUAUUAUAAUAAAAUGCAUUUAGAUAUAA